ACUGAAGAAGAAAAAAAAGAGACAAAAUCUUCUAUUUCCAAGGAGAUUAAGCCUUCAGAGAAGUCCAAAGCCUCUGUACUGGCCUCUAGAAGUUCCAGUCGAGCUCCUAUUUCUAAAAAGUUGAAAAAGCAGCGUACUUAUAGUAAAAAGAUUCACCAAAGUAGAGAUUCUGAGUUUCAAAAAGAGUGUGAUAAUAAAGAAUGUAGUAGCAGUGGUUCUAAGCAGGCUUCCCAGGGUACCAAUCCUCAAUCUAAAAAAAGUGACUUCAAAGAGAGAACAUCCACAGACAGCAAGAAGGUUUCAGAAAAGCGAUGUUCCUCUGUAGCCAAUAAAGACUUACCACCCCUGAAGGAAAAGCCUAGAAAGGAUGCUUCCAAACAGAGAAAUCCUAAGCAUGUGGAGAAACCAAAACAAAAACUUGUCAUAAAAAGCAAAGCUGAAUUAUCUAGUGAUGAAGAAUUUGAGCCCCCUACUAUGUCUUUUGAAUCUUACCUUAAUUAUGAUCAGGUUACUAAAAAAAGAAAGAGGAAGGCUUGUUCUACAGGUAAACAGCCAAAGAAGCAUGGUGAACAGAACAGCUCGUUACCACAAAAGACUUCAAAAUUUUCUCAUGCAAAAGAGGGAGAGGAAGAUGUAGAAAAAUGUGAGGGUGAUCAAUCAGAAACUCCCAAUAAAAAGGUAAAACACUCUACAGUUGAGAUAAUAGCCAAUAAACUGCACAUGA